UCAUUUAAUUUUAAAAAUUUUUAGAAGAUAAAGGAGGUGUUUAUUUUGGAAAAAACAGGAACGUACAAUAGGGUACGUUUGUUUUUUUAAUUUUAUUUUGUAGUCACAUAUUAUAAUGUCUGAUGGUAAUAAUAGAUUCGAAGAAAAUCCAAAAUCAGAAGAAACAAACAAACCGCAAAAAAACAACAAUACUGAGCCCAAGGAUCGUCUCUUAGCUCUCCACAGUUAUCUUACCUGUGAACAGAACAUAAGCGUGAUCGAAAGGCAAAAUCACAUAAAACGCAUGCAGAAUUUGAGAAAGGAACUAAAUUUUAUUAAAGAAACAGAUUGGAUGUAUGAUCAAGUCGAAUAGUCGAAAGAAAAUC